AUGUCCGAGAAGCCGAUCGCCGUGGACCCGGACUUUUAUGCCGCCCACGAUGCCUACCAGCCCAGUGAUUUCGAGUCGGAGACGACCUCGCUCGCCUCGUCGAUUUAUCGCGGUGUCAUGGAAAAUGGCCGACGAUACCAAGCGGUCAAAGAGGGCGAAUACUGGUGUCCAUCGGACGAACAACAUUUCGAGAGUUUGGAAGCUGGACACAUCCUCUGCAUGAUCCUCGAUUCGGCCUCGGAGAACCCGCUGUUCCAGGCGCCCCUAAAGAACCCCAAACAUAUCCUCGAUCUUGGCACCGGCCGAGGCAAUUGGGCUGUUGAUGUCGCUGAUAUGUUCCCGGACGCAAACGUCCGCGGCGUCGAUCUCUACCCCCCUCCGCUGGACUGGUUGCCGCCUAACUGUGUCCUGGAAGUUGAUGACGUGCUCCAGGAAUGGACAUGGCGCACGGCCUUCGACCUGAUCCACCUACGCCAGAUGAUCGGCUCGUUCACGCCCGAGGAUUGGACCAAGCUGUACAAGCAGUGCUAUGAUAAACUCGCCCCUGGUGGCUGGAUCGAACAAUGGGAAGGCGACCCAGUAGUUCUGUGCGAGGACAACACAAUGCCGAAGAACUGCCACUCGCAGGCUUUCGGGGACGCGGUCAAGGAAGCAGGCAAAAACUGGGGCCACUCGCUAGACACGAUGGCUGAGAUGCGGCAAUAUAUGGAGAAAGCCGGGUUCGUCGAUGUGCACGAGAAGAACUACAAGAUGCCCAUCGGGCCGUGGCCUAAGGAUCCCACUCUCAAGGAGGCCGGUCGUCUGCAUUACCACCAGUGGGCGGCUGGCAUGGAGGGCUGGGCAAUGUACCUGCUCACUAAGCAUGGCUCGCCGCAGCCGUGGGCGAAGGAGGAGGUGCAGGUUCUUAUGGCGAAGAGUCGGACGGAGAUUCAGAAUCCGAGGAUUCAUUUUGUUCAGCGCGCGAAACGCGUCUGGGCUAGGAAGCCUACGACCGAGGAGCUGGAGGCGAAGGAGACGAAGAAGGAUGGAUAUGCUGCCCCUGCUGCCCCCUAA